AUGACGCCAAUAAAAGAGAAUGUAUGGAGUAAAAUGACAGAGAAAUCGACAGUGAUGAUAGCAGCUUCCAGCUGGGCAGAUAUUACGCCGCAGGGGUAUAACAGAAGUGAGUCUAUAUCAACAGCAACAAUGCUCUCUGCCGGAGCGAUGAUGCUUAGAACGUGA